AGGAAGUAGGAAGAGAAAAGGGAAUCCUCAGGACCUAUCGCCUUAGGCAAAAGGGAGGCAGAAGCUGGAGGGAGACAUCAGAUCCAUAGCUGUGGGCUGGAGCCUGAGAAGCAGAAUUCCCAGAAAGGACUGGAGUUGGAUCCAUGGGCCCCCUCCCCCAUCUUACCCCAGGAAUAUUCCAUGGCAGUUAGGGGCCCUGUUCCGCAGGAUGGGUUGAGGGCCUUCUGUUCAAGCUAGAGCUCAGAUGUCUGAGAUGAGUAUCCCUCCCAUUCUUUCCCAGAUGGCAGGCCCUAAGAUGAACACAGCUCUGCCUAAUGAAAAUGCACAGAAGAUGAGGGGCAAGUGAGCAUGACAAGGGAAGGGGGAGAUGAAAGGGUGCCCGAGGGAUCAGAAGGGGAAGAGGACCAACACCUGAGGCCUGGAAAGGAAGGGGAGGGUUGGGAUACAGUAGGAGUGAAGGUGAGCCUGGGACAGAAAGAGAGAAUGCAGACCUCUGUCCCUUCUCCCUGCAGUACCAGAUGGAUGUCCAGGGACCCACGGCGGAACUCUGUACUGCCCUUUCUGUGGAGAAUUCAACACAGCUCCCGCUGGCUGAUGCAGGUGGUGGCCUCAGAGCUCAGCCUGCUGGCCUUCAUUCUGUUGGUGUUCAUGGUCUUUUCCAAGAAAUGGCUGUACCCCUCUGGGAGCCGCUUCUUCCAGCGUUGUCCUGUGAAUGUCACCAACAGAAUCUACACCUCAGUCUACGCCAUGUCCAUGGGGCUUCUGUACACCUGCAAGUCUUGGAGCUGUUUCAACAAAGGCAGUGGGAAAGACAGUUUUAGUCUAUGGACAAACCAUCCCAUCUUUGUGGUGGCCAUGAUAUGCUUCUUCCUGGCCCUGGGGCUUGGCCUCAUCCUCACCAUCUGGCUGCACCUGCCGUACCUGCCCCAUCUUCGGAGACUGCCCUACUUUGGCUUGAUUGGGACCAUCGUGAGCUUCUGUGAAGGUGCCCGCCCUCAGCUCUGAAAAAGGACUUCAGUUCUCCUAACCCAAGUUUUCCUGGGCACUUCUCCCUCUUCUUU